AUGCUAGGCAGCAUGCCCAAUGUUAGUUGUCCCCAAUCUGCCGAUCAUUCGGCACCUCAACAACACCUUAUCAACAAUAGAAUUGUUCAAGAUCAAUGCUCAUCCAACUCUUCAAUAUCGUAUUCGGAUUCUCAUAAUAACCAUUCACAGAUAUUAUUACAUCAUACUUCUGCACCUUUUACUAAUGGUAUUACUACAAAUCAAGCCUGUUCAUCGAAUUGUAACAACACCACCACACAAUUUCCAAUGUUCAACUAUCCAUACUAUACCCCUAAUUGUCACCAUCAACCAAUGCCGUUGAAUAUUCCUCAUUACAAUCCGAACAUAGUGACAUCUAAUGAACUUCACCCUACAACAAUGACCAUGACUCGUCACCAAUUGAAUUAUCAACAAUGUCCAAAUAAUCAAAACAUUGAUCUUGCACAAAAUCAAACAUCUUCGUCUUGCUCAUCAUCACCAACAACACCCACAAGUGGAUCUACUUCUUCAACAAAUACCAACAGCAUAUUUUCCAAUGUUCAUCCUACAAAUGCUGCUGCUGUUCAUUCACAAAUAAAAGUACGUGGUGGUAUUGCACCUGACUCAGGGUACAAUACAACUGAAAUAUCACAACAGGCGCGGCGUUUUGCCGAAACACGGUACGCCUUCCCUCCAUUCAUCAUCAAGUUCAAACGCGAGAUUAAUGAAAGCUCCAUAAUAAAAUAUUUAUCAUCUCAUUAUUAUUGCAACUAUGAUUUUCAUUUAAAUUUCGCUGGUCAUCGUUUAAAACAAAAACGUGAUUUAUUAUUAUUUGUGAAUGAUCGUGAAUCUUUCUCAAUGCUGUACGAUGUAGUAAAAUGGCCAGCGUCCAUUGAAACACUGAAUUAUGAAAAAAUUUUACCUAAUCAUUUACCACCUCAGUUUUCACUCGUUCUCAAGAAUGUUCCAACUGAUAUUAAAAUUGAUAUACUAUGUACAGAUAUUAAAAAUAUUUAUCCAGAUGUAAUGAGUGCUUAUCGAAUUAGUAAUAAGAAUCAACAACCCACCACAUUAGUUCGAAUUGAUAUUAACAAUGUUAAAGUCAUUGAAGAAUUACUUGGUAAGAAAUUUAUUUCUAUUAAUAAUUUACGAUUUGGGGUGAUGGAGUAUUUGGCACCAGCCAAAGUACUAAUAUGUAGCAAAUGCUACCAAAUUGGUCAUUUCAGAAGUACUUGUAAAAGUACGGUAGAUUAUUGUAGAACAUGUGCUCUUAGUAGUAAUGAUAUUAGUAAACAUAAAGAAAAUUGUGAUAAAAAACAAUGUUGUAUUAGAUGUAAAGGUCCACAUGAUUCCAAUGAUGUACGUUGUCCUGAUGUUAAAACAUACAGGGCCGUCCUUACAAAAUCUCUUUUAGCUUCAUCAAGUACAACAAAUCAUUAUCAAAAUAAUCAAACAAAAUUUUAUUAUAAUGAACAAGAUUAUCCAUUAUUAAAUAUGAAUCAAAAUCAAAAUUACAAUCAUCAUAAAAUCAAUAAUCUAUCAAAUAGCUCAAAUAAACGAAUUGAUGAACUUUAUCAUAAGAUGAAUAAAUUGGAGGUAAAUUUGAAUCGUCUAUUGGAUUUAAACAAUGACUAUGCUGAUCAACUGACACGUAUUCAGCAAGUAAUCAUGAAUCACAAUCGCGAUAUACAAUUACAACAAAUCGAUUCUGUAUUUCAACUUGAUUUCGUUAGUCAAUUCAUUUUCCCAGUAUGCCAAGUUAUGAUAGAAGUGAUUCCGGUCUUAGUUAAACAAAAUACAUUAAACGACAAAACAUUACUUUGUCCUUCAUUAUCUGCACUAUGUGCUAAACUAGCAAAUGAUCUUCCGGUAUGGACAAAUAAAUUUUUACAAAACGAAGAUAUCAAAUUAAAACUCAUUAAUGAUUUUAAUCCGACAAACCAACAACCCUAUAAUGGAUUCAUCAACAACAAAGCUCCUCAACCACCUUCUAAUCAAUAA